AAUUUAUCACCAGACAUCGGGGAGAUGGAUCACAACUCCCAUGAUUCUUCAGGACAUGGCGGAUUUUAUCUCCUGAGGAAGGAUUCGGAGCGACGGAUCACACUGGUCCACAUCUUAACAAAGGACAUGGAACAGAUCUGUGAUACAUGGCUGAAUUUCCUGCAUAAGGAUGCUACAAUCUCCAAUCCCAAACUCUCGGUGGAACACUUGAGAUGGUUGCUCGUCUGUUUAAAGAACUAUAUUUCAGACCCGAACUGUAAGCACUGCAUCAAGGAAACACUAGAACAACUCCGUCAAGCCAUGGAUUUUGAUGCAGCAGCGAUGAUGGAAAUACAACUAGCUCUUUAUGUAUUCCACGAAGCUGUCAGUAAGCAUUUGAAGAGUCACAGCAUUCAGCCUCACUGGAUGUUUGCCCUGGACAAUUUACUUCGGGGGGCGGUGACAGAAGCCAUCAUGAUCUUAUCUCCUGAUCUUGGAGCUAAUAUUGCUGGAGGAAAGGAAGAGGAAGUAGAAACGUCUGGAGUUCCGUCCGCAAACUCGGGUAAAUCAGCAGCACUGUACCGGAGUUCUGUUGUCAAUGAAUUACAGCACCAACUAGAGAGUAUACAGGACGAAAACAUGCAGUUGCUACAACAACUGGUGGAUGUUAACAGAAUUUAUGGUGAUGUUCUGCGCAAGACCAUCGAGGAAAAGAAAACUCACUUAGAAAAUAUGCAAGCGCUGACCUCAAUAAACAGUGUAUCGUCUGUCACUGCCAACAGUAUCAGAGGCAGAGUUCCGUCCAUUCAUGAGCCACCUGAUGAGGCCUUGGUCAUAUGGCUACGUGACAGGAAGUUUGACGAGGACAUCAUUGAUACGAUAACACGGGAGCAGUUUGUGUUGAAUGAUCUCCUGGAGAUAGUGCGCUAUGAAGACUUACAAAGACUAGGACUCAGGGGUGGUGUUUUGUGCCGAUUGUGGCGGGUGAUACAAAGUCACAGGAAAGACCAUGGCCUGGAAAAAAGGUCAUCAGACAGGUAACAGGUCAAGGGUCACCAGACCAGGAGGUCACCGAUGAAGACACAAAUCCUGCCCAACAGACAGGUGUUGUUUCGUCAGUCCUUUCACUCAAGUGUGUCUCCCACAAUUCCAUUGUACAGGAUGUGACAUACAAUGGUCAGACAUUGUAACUCAAAGGAGGAUAUGUGAUAACAGGCUUCUGGUCAUGUUGAGACAUCUCACAGAGAGAUAUGUGUCACAUGACAGUCACAUGACCCAUUAUCUGCCUUGUCACAGUUUACUGCCCAUGGGAUUGUGUUAUACGACUGUGUUUACAGAUAUAUAUGGAAGUUUAGAGCAUUUCAUAUUCCACCUUGUAUCCCUAUUGUUGUUUGAAACUUUUCAUUCACUACUUUCACAUUAUUCCCAAGAUGUUUGUUGUCUGUGAUGUUACUGUGAUGUUUAAGUGAUUGAGAAAGCAUUUUGAUUCUGUGAUCGGGAUGAUGUGAAUAAAUGGAUCUUGUUGAACGUGAGUGACAUAUCAUAAGAAAACAGUGUUCAGUAUAUCAAUGAUGAAGGAGAUGAUGAUAUCAAAUGCGAUAAUCAGUAUUAUCAGACUGUCAGUUAGUAUUGAAUGCACUUGUCUUAGCUUUACACAUUCAGGGUUCAAAGGAACAUAUAAUUUUACUGACAUUGGAGGGGCAUUUCAGAGUUUGUUUUACAAAGUUUUUAAUCAUCAAUCCCAUAUUUUACACCCAGAAAAUUAAACUGUUUAGUGAUUUUUUUUUAGAACUGAUAUGGGGUGUUUUAGAUUGCUUCAGUUUAUGUUGAUCAUAUCUAUCGGUUUUAAAGCUUUUUUAUCCUCGCUUUUAUAUCUGACUGUUAUGAUGUGAAGUUUUUAUUGAUAUUUUAUGAAUGGUUAUAUAAUUUUGUGAGAUUUUUAUUAGGGUUUUUGCUCUGUUUUUGUGUCAGUUGCAUAGCUUGAUUGACACACAUGUAUAUUUCUGUCUGUGUUGUAACACUGAUCAGGCCGGCUGUCCGGAAUUAAAUAUGAACAAUAAUUCGUCUGAUUUGCAUUGUCCCAUCUUGUAAUCAAGGAGAUGUCGACUACAUGGAAAUGUUGAGUAAAGGUAUCAAAGACACUUUAACAAUGUUUACACAAAUUUUGAUUGAAAUAGAAUGUAAAUGUGGUUUGGGACUCCCUACCACUUCCUGAUACUUAUGUCAAUAUAUGUAUAGCUGUAAUGGUUUGUGAAUAUGAACUCUGUAUCUAUUAACUGAAGUCAAUAUAUGUCAUUGAAUAACUGUUAAUGACCAAUAACCACCAUAGUUCUGGUCAUUCUGACGUUUGAUACACGCAGUGACAUAUACCGUGUGACCAGCAUGGUUGACCUGUUGUAAUAUUUUGACCAACAUUUUCCACUGUUUUCUGUCUCUGUCAGUGAAAAUAGUUUGUAUUAUAUAUAGGUAUACAUAUAUCAUAAGUUUGGUACAAAGGAUGUGGUCUUACAUUGGGAGAGUUGACAUUCUUUUAUUUGUAUACUGAAAUCAGAUAGAAAAAAUCUUCAGUAAAAUGGCUAAACAAAUUGUCUCAAGAUUGUAUGUCACCAUAGGCAUUGACAUACAUGUAAUAAAGAACUCUCACUGAUACGGCUAUGAGCCCGAUGCCUAGGUCAAAAUGUAUGGCACAUUAUGCAAACCUGGCAAUGUCUCUACAUAAUUGAUAACGUUUCGAAUGAUUUAUUGAUGACACGGUACGAUUUCAAUCUUUGAUUAAAUGGUAGCAUACAUUUUUUUUAGUUAAGAAAUAUUGUUUACCCUUUCAAAAUCUGCAAACUAACUUUUUUAUAUGUGAAGGUAUUUUUGGGAAUCUUUUAAAGUAUUUGAAAAUAAUUUUGUGACUAUACAAUAUGCAUGAUAUCAUUGCAUGAAUUAAAUUUCCCAUCAUUUAUAAAAAAAAAUGAAUAUCGCACAGUGUCGUAUUGCCUUUUUCUACUCAAUAUGUGCAUAACGAAUUUCCAUUUUUUUUGUGGUGACAAAGUUUCUUAUUUGUAGUUUUGAAGAAUUUAACGAAAUGAUUACUAUAUGUGUACUUUUUUUUAGCGGAAUUAAAAUUUGGCUCAGUUGGAGCUUAAUAUGCACUGUU